ACGCAUAAAACUAUAUAAUCUGUGGUCACGCACGACUCUUGAGUUCGAAAUUAUUUCUCUACUUGGAUUUUCUGUACCAUCCCCUUUGAUUAAAACAAAAUAAUCAAAGACCAUCAUUCUUCUAGUAAUUGUUUAAUGAACACAAAGUACCUACAGUAUUAAUAAAUAAAAAGAUACAAAUUUAGAAUGUGUGUCCCAGUGAAUAAAUAAUCUAAGAUCAGUGAUAAUUUGUGAAUCUUGUAAUUGUGUCGCUCGCUAUAGAGAUAUAAAUCCUUUUAUCGAUAAUUUCUGAUUGCCGAUAUGUGUGGAGGUUUUACUUGUUCCAAAAACGCGCUUAUUGCGUUAAAUAUCUUGUAUGUGGUGGUAGCUUCCAUCUUGAUAUCAGUGGCAGUGUAUGGGCAAACAUCAUCAUUUAUUGGCAAUUUGCCUAUUGUAGGUGGCAUCUUAGCUUGUGGUGUUUUUUUAAUUCUAAUAUCCAUAUUGGGUUUGGCUGGGGCUGUGAAACACCAUCAGGUUAUGCUGUUUUUUUACAUGGUGAUUUUAUUUCUAUUGUUUCUUGUACAAUUUUCUGUGGCAUGUGCAUGUCUUGCAGUCAAUUCAGAGCAACAGGAACUACUGGCACAACAGGGCUGGAAUAGAGUCAAUAUGGAUGUUAAAGGACAGAUAGAAAAAAGAUUCCUGUGCUGCGGUUUUCAAGAAAGAAAUUUUCCCAUCAAUGGGACUGCUGAUUUUCCUACGUGUGAUGUGGAUAAACUUUGCUGCAACAAAAUGAAUAUCUCACGCGAUUGUUGGUGUGAACCAUGCAUGGAAAAACUUAAAGAGACUAUUGACUAUGCCUUCAAACUGUGUGGUGGUAUCGGCUUAUUUUUCAGCUUCACAGAGUUUCUUGGUGUUUGGUUGACAGUAAGAUAUCGUAACCAAAAGGAUCCGCGAGCUAAUCCCAGUGCAUUUCUGUGAAUUAACGGAUAUUAUGGACUUACAGCAUAACGUCACUUGAGUUAUUCGCCGUGUGGCUCGCCCGAAGAUACCGAAAUCAGCCUGACCCUAAUUAUAAGGAACCUCAUGCUAUUUUUCCAAUGAAAAACUAUCUAUAUUAGUAAUAUAAUAAUGUCUGUAGACUGCAUUAUUGGUAAUCAUUAGUGGUGUUAAGGGUGCGCAUAAACAUGAAUAGAAAAUGAGACGUAAACUAUCCAGUCAAUAUGACAGAUUAUACAGGGAGCAACAAAAUGACCGACACAGCCGAAAGUUUCAAGUUAGUUUAUAUGCAAACGUUCAUUUUAUUUGAUAAAUAUUUCAAAAUCGAGAAGGUAUAAAAUUGGAGUAAAAAUUUUAAAUUUCUAAGUGUUGAGAGCCCUAUAACGCGCAUGCGCAAUAUCGAUUGUGCGCAGAUAACAACGGACCGCGAAAUACAUUAAUUUAAUUAUUUACCGAUAUCUUAAUGAUAAUUAAAAAAUGCGCUAGAACAAAACAAAAAUCGACAAAAGUCCGGUGGUGACAGAAACAAGGGCGCCGACGCCGACGGAACAAAAAUCCGCGAGCACGGCGAGUGAAUGAGUGAAUGGAGCACGGUUCGCUUUGCCUUUGUUAACCAGGUACGAAUUCAGUUUAUCUAUUUUUCGAAUUCGUAUUUUGUUGCCACGCAAUUGUUUUUGAAUUUUCUUUUUAAAUACAUUUUAAAUAAGUAACCAAACCCUUACUUAGUGUUUUAACAUAAUGAUAAUGGUUCAUUAUUAUCACAAAUGUACUUUUUGUUAAUGGAUGAUGUAUUAGUUUAACUACUUUAAUAAAUGAUCGUGUAAUAAUGUAGUAACGUAAUGUAAAUUAGUUAACAUUAGAAUAAUCUUUUAACAAUGAUUUAUUAAAUGUUAGUCUAUUAAUUAAUUUCAGCAUUUUGACUGAUUCGUUUAGUGAUAGUCAGUUUGAAAUUAAACUAGGACUAUUUGACUUGUGAAAUUACAAAAAACGUAGGUUAUUGAGAAUAAGCAGUAGAGAUUUUCUACUUUCUUCAAAUCAUAAACCAGCUGUUAGUCUGUCAUUCGAUUUAAGCAUUUUGACUGCCUUGUUUAGUGAUUCUCUGGUAGAAUUUGCAUGAAAGCGGUCUUAUAAAUCAUAAACUAGUUUAUUUCGUUUUUAGAAAUGAAGAAGUCAAUGACCGAUUAAAAUCUUGUUCCUUAGUACGUCCCAAAAACAGCUGACUCAGGGUUGAAACCACAAUUUUUUUUCCAAAUCUUUGUAAUUUAAUAUCUCCGCAACUAUUUAACCUAGACAUAUAUUUUAAUAGUACUCUCCAGGAACCUCGGGAGUGUAGGUCGUUCUGUUCCACCCAGUAUAUCUGUGACAUUGACUGGAUAUAUAAGUCAUAAUUUUUUGUGUAUUACGAAAAUCCUUAAGGUUAUUGAAAAAUAUUUCAUAUUUUUGCUUUUGUUUCCGCUAGGACGUGCUAUUGUUAUUGUAAGUCAAACGUCGUAUUAUCCAGUCGCGUCAUUUAGAAAGAAAGUCAUAGUAGAAGUGACAAAUAAAAAAUCUAUUGUGCAAUAAAAAACAAAAUUUCUACGCGCGGUGUCUGCAAAUCAGAGUGAUUCAACUAGUGCGCCAUCCUAAGUUAGACGGACAAUUAAUGCAUAGUAUUUUACACUUAUUAUUAUUGAAACACAAUUAAUUAUACAUUUAAUUCGAUCGUCGGCGGGCUACGUCUGCUCGAGUUUUCAUUUUCACAGAGUAGUCUUUCACCAUGAAUCAUAUUAGUUGGAGCUCAUUUUAGGAUACCUUAGAUAUCUGCUCGUUUUUUAAUUUACAUGAGUAUAAACUUUCUUUUAACAAAGAAAUGAACCAAAUAACAUCUGGAUUGCUGAUAGGUAGUAACUAGCGCUACCUACUUUAAGUUUUUGAGAUUAGUUGUCUUUGAAGAGGUAGAGACAUACUAAUAUAAACACGUUUUGGCCCAAUCACCUCUCUUUCAUAUAUUAUGGUUUUUAACCAUAACAUUUUUGUACUUUAUUUCUUUUGUUCACAAUUAAUUUGAUAUUACUGUAUUUGAAUCAUGCGCCCUCUUAAUGGAUGUAAUGGAUGGAAUGUAAGUUAUUUUGUAUGCGGUCUCUGACGUUUAGAAAACAGAAAUAAUCUGGCUAAUAAAUAAUAUAUAUACCAUAUUUAGUUGUUGCUAUAUGAGCUGUUGUACAGAAGUAGUUUAUUUAUUAUCUUGCUUACGUCAUGUUCCUGUUAAAGUUAAUAGCUUUUUUGAACUGUCACUGGUUAUUUCAGACGAGGAGAUCAGAAAGCGAUCGUUUGUAACACAAAAUGAUAAAGUAUGAAAGACGAUAAACACUUAUCAACACAAUGUAAAUAAAAUCUUAUAUAAUUAUUAGUUACCCAAUACUAUUUUAAGGUCGCAUAAUUAAUGAAACGUAUGUCACAAAACUAUAUCCCUCUCUUGAUUUAUUAGCCAGUAUUAAACAAAAUAUUAUUUAGAUAGAUAGGAAUGCUAGAAAAAGACAUGUAUAUUUGCUUUUACGACUAGUAACUAUUCAUGGACUUUAUUAGACCAGAGGCUUUGUUCAUGUUUAAAAAAUACAUAAAAAAUGUUACCUUAAAAUCUAAAAUUUAAUAAUUAUCGACUGAGUCCGUGAAUUAAUGUAAAGUGUAUGCAUGUAAAUCUUGUGAUGUCUGUGGUGAUUACAUAAACUGAUUUAUUAAGUAUUUGCAUCUAAGCGAGUGAUGAGUAAUUAAGUUGUUACAUUUCCUCUACUAGUCAGUAGUAUAAUUUUUUAGCGUUAAUCAGUCGGAAAUAUAGUUAAUUGUAUUUUAAGGUAUCGUAAAUGUACUUCCAAGAUAUCUCAUUAUUGAUCAAAGAGUGUUCAGCAAACUUUUGAUAAUUAAUCAAGUAUUUACUUAUGAAAUUUCUUUUAUGAUCAAGAUUAGCUGUUGCCCUAUAAAGCUUUAAUUUAACUGUAAGCACCUACCUACUUAUUUCGUUCAUCCAUUGGUAGUUAAUUGUAUAAAAAAUCAAUUUAUUGAAUUUAUCACAGAAAAAAAAUGUAAGUAAAUUAUAUAUUUUGGUAUCAUACAUAUACCUAAUUCCAGUUCUUACGAAUUUAAAGUGUUUGUCAAAAUGAAAUUUUCUUUUAAGUAGUGUAUCAUGUUCUUAUUAAAUUAUAUUUCAAUGCCAUACCAUAUGAUACUGCAGGUAACUUUUUGUUAUCGUCUAAUACUUUGCUCAUGUUUUAGUCGUGUAACAUAAUGAAGUAUUCUUAUAUCAUUAUAUGUGUACUGACUAUCGUGUAACUAUUAAAGUGUGUAAGCAUU